AUGGAUGAAGCACAUAACAACAGGACUUCCUUGGUUAAAGGUGCCAAGGACAUCGCUAAAGAAGCCAAGAGGCACGCUUCCAAAAAUCUGAGCAAAGCCGUUGAUCGAGCCUCGGACGAAUACUCGACUCAUCGCAGCUACAACCGCUUCCAGAACGAGGACGAAGACGAGGACAACUACAGCAGCUACGCUCAGCAGGACGGUCGCUACGCCGACAACGCAGCCAACGACGAGGACGGGGCCUCCAGCGACGCCACCGAGGGCCACGACGACGAAGAUGAGAUCUACGAGGGGGAGUACCAAGGCGUGCCGGCCUACAACGACGGCAAGCAGCGGGACGGUCAGGUGGCUCUGGGCCAGCCGGUCUCUGACAGCCUGAAGAGCCAGAAGGAGCUGGAGAACGAGAGGCAGGCGGACGAGGAGGAGCUCGCCCAGCAGUACGAGCUGAUCAUGCAGGAGUGCGGCCACGGGAGGUUCCAGUGGCAGCUGUUCUUCGUGCUCGGGCUGGCGCUCAUGUCGGACGGCGUGGAGGUGUUCGUGGUGGGUUUCGUCCUGCCCAGCGCUGAGACGGACAUGUGUGUCCCCAACUCUGGUGCCGGAUGGCUCGGCAGCAUCGUGUAUCUGGGGAUGAUGUUCGGCGCCUUCUUCUGGGGUGGCCUGUCGGACAAGCUGGGCCGUAGACAGUGUCUGCUGAUAUCCAUGUCCGUCAACGGCUUCUUCGCCUUCCUGUCCUCCUUCGUCCAAGGCUACAGCAUGUUCCUCUUCUGCCGCAUGGUGUCCGGCUUCGGGAUCGGUGGAGCGGUGCCGAUCGUGUUCUCGUACUUCGCGGAGGUGUUGGCCCGGGAGAAGAGAGGAGAGCAUCUGAGCUGGCUGUGCAUGUUCUGGAUGAUCGGAGGCAUCUACGCCUCGGCCAUGGCCUGGGCCAUCAUCCCACACUACGGCUGGAGCUUCAGCAUGGGUUCAGCCUACCAGUUCCACAGCUGGAGGGUGUUCGUGGUGGUGUGUGCGCUGCCGUGCGUCUCCGCCGUGGUCGCUCUCACUUUUAUGCCCGAGAGCCCUCGCUUCUUCCUGGAGAUGGGGAAACACGACGAGGCCUGGAUGGUGCUCAAACACAUCCACGACACCAACAUGCGCGCCCGCGGAGAGCCCGAGAGAGUCUUCACUGUGAACAGGAUCAAGAUCCCCAAACAGCUGGACGAGCUGGUGGAGCUGCAGAGCCAGUCGGCCAACCCGGUGCUGAAGGUCCUCUUCAAGAUCAAGGCAGAGCUCAGAGGAAUCUGGCUGACGUUUAUGAAAUGCUUCGACUACCCGGUGAGAGACAACACGAUCAAGCUGGCUGCCGUCUGGUUCACUCUGUCUUUCGGGUUCUACGGGCUCUCGGUGUGGUUCCCGGACGUCAUCAAGCACCUUCAGGCCGACGAGUACGCCUCCAGAGUGAAGAUCCACAACAGCGAACGCAUCGAAGACUUCACCUUCAACUUCACCCUGGAGAACCAGAUCCACAGAAACGGAGUCUUCCUGAACGACAGGUUCAUCAGCAUGAAGUUCAAAGCUGUCACGUUCAUCGACUCGUCUUUCCUCAACUGCUAUUUUGAAGACGUCUCCUCCGUCGGCUCCUUCUUUAAAAACUGCACCUUUGUCGACUCUUUCUUUUACAACACCGAUAUUGACGACAGCAAGCUGACAAAUUCACGGGUGAUCAACAGCUCGUUCCACCACAACAAGACGGGCUGCCAGAUGACGUUUGAUGAUGAUUACAGCGCCUACUGGGUCUACUUUGUCAACUUCCUGGGAACGCUGGCCGUGCUGCCCGGAAACAUCGUCUCCGCCCUCCUCAUGGACAAAAUCGGACGCCUGAGCAUGCUGGGAGGCUCCAUGGUGCUGUCGGGCAUCAGCUGCUUCUUCCUUUGGUUCGGCACCAGUGAGUCCAUGAUGAUCUUCAUGCUCUGUCUCUACAACGGCCUCAGCAUCUCUGCCUGGAACUCCCUGGAUGUUGUCACCACUGAGCUGUACCCGACAGACCGGAGGGGCACGGGCUUUGGCUUCUGUAACGCCAUGUGUAAGCUGGCGGCGGUGCUGGGCAACCUGAUCUUUGGCUCUCUGGUUGGCAUCACCAAGGCCAUCCCCAUCCUGCUGGCGUCGUCUGUGUUGGUUGGCGGCGGUCUGGUCGGACUCCGACUGCCAGACACACGCGCCAAUGUCCUCAUGUAAACCUCAACACAGAGCAGUAUGUUGUUUACCAGGUAUUCAAUCAGCUCACUGAAUAACCGUCAUUUAUUGAUUUAACACCCCUGGAACAAGUUGUUUGCCGUCAUCCUUCUUUUUGUUUUUAUUUGACGGAUCGUGUCGACUGUAUUCACAGGACCAGUGAUUGUUAUUCAUGUUGUGUCUGAGUUAAAUACCUGGUAGAUAAUGAAAGAGAGUGAAAUGCAGUUUAACUUAGCACUGAGCUGUGGAUAUCAAGAGUUUGAAAACUACAGUCAAAUGUGAGAGUUUAAUUCCUGCCGGAAUUCAAGACAAAAAAAUAAAAACAAGUGAGAAUUACCAGUGGUGGUAAAACUCUGAAUAUCAGCAGCUCAUUAUCACACAUGCAACCCACAUGUGUCAACGCUGCGAAAGGCUUGGACUUCUGACAACCUUCCCCCCCAAAUCGUCCUCAUCCUGCUCAGUUUAAAGGAAUACUUUGACAUUUUGGGAAAUAAAGCGAUUACCAGCAGCCGGUUAGCUUAAAGAGUGGAAGGAAACAGAAGACAGGUAGCAGCCUGGUGCCGUCCAAAGGUACUGAAACAGAAUCCAAACUCAAAAUGCUUCUGUAGCUCCAGUUUUCAGUCUUUCAUUAUGUUGUGACAACGCUGUGCUCACCGUCUGGUCUGUUUGAGGCACAAAAAACACCAGAUUAGGAUUCAGAAAAGAGUGUUUACUCGGUUCUGUUGCCACAAAUAUGACUGGAAACUGUUCCAACAUCUCAUUAAAAAUUAACAGGUUAACAUCUGCAAACUGACCAACGUCUCAAUAAAAAUAUCCAGUGGUUUCACGUUCGGCAGUUGUUUUGAAAAUGUCCAAAUCUCCAGUUUUAUUGCCACAAACAGCUGGAAAUUGUCCCGUCUCAUACCAAAUAACCAGUGAUGCCCAUUUCGAAAAUGUCCCAAUGUCUCGUCAACACAGCUGGAAAUUGUCCCCACAGCUCUUUAAAAAUAUCCAGUGGUUCUGGGCUUACAAAUGUUGUAACCUUCAGUUAAAAACAACGGUCUCUCACUUGGCUGAGUCUCAAAAUAUGUUGUUUUGUUGCCACAAACAAAACACGUCUGGAAAUAUAUCUGGAUGUCCAGUGGUUUCAUGAUUACAUAUGUAAACAGCGGUCUCUUGCUCACGCCCCGUCAUCGCCUCCACCUACUGACAUGAAAGUCAGCUCACGUAAUUGUAACAUUGUAAUAUGACACGAAUCGUAGAAAUGUUCCUAUGAAACAUACAAAUAUGAGCAUAAAAAUUCUAAAAUGCCAACUCAUUAUUUUAUUCUUGCGUCCACGUCCGAAGAUCAGUAAUUAUGUAAGUCAUCUAAUCCCCCAUUAAGAAUAUAUGUAUGAAUUAAACAAAAAUGACAUUAAAUCUGUUUGUUAGUGAACUUUGGACGUGUUUGUAGGUGGAUUCAUUCACCUCUGGACUGAGCCAGGCUAGUUGUUUCCCUCUGCUUCCAGUCUUUAUGCUAAGCUAAGCUAACCAGCUGCUAGAAGAGCGAGAACGACAGUAAAUAAUUUAGAAAUAUUUAACAGUUGUGUGCUUGUUUUCUGUAUAUUUUAUGUGUUUAUGUUAUUUGUAGUUCCACCUGUGUGCUUUGACAGAAGCUGAAGGAGCUUCUGACACUUUGUUUCUUCACACGUGAUCAGGUUUGAUGACGUUCAAGCCUUUUGCCACAACUUGCAAGAAUGACAAGGCCAUAGAAAAAAAUAUAUACAAAUCAAUAACGACGUAGUAGUUUAGUGAAAAAACGGCAACUUCAGCAGCUACAUUUCUAAAGUGAAAAGAAGUUUACAUUUUCUGCUUUUUACAGUCAGAGACUUUUGAGAUUGGAAACCUUUUUGUCUGAACGCUUCCUCUCUCCCUCUCUCGUGUCCGUGUCGUGUUCGUCUCGUGGCGCCGAGCUCACCGCGAAGGGCUUUACGCUCUCUGUUGCAAUCUGAUCCGUCAGGAAGAAUUUAUACUCCGCUGUCACGAUCUGCUCUUUUUCCUUGUUUUUGUUUUUUCUCCCGCCUCUCUAUCUCUAUCUGACUCCCCGUCUCGUCUCCCUCAUGGUGUCUCGUCCUCCCGCCUCGCUGCUGCUCCCUCCAAAACUCAAAGGCCUUUCUCUAAUGUCGUGCCUCUCUCUCCGUCGAGCCCGUCUCUCCUUCCAAACCUCGCUGGAAGCUUUGCUGCUCUGUCCUGCUUUUUUUCGGGGGUCUCUCAUCUCUUGAUACUGCAGUGUGUGCGUGUGUGUGCGUGUGUGUGCGUGUGUGUGUGUGUGAGUGUGUGUGUGAGUGUGUGUGCGUCCAGACAAACGUGUAGAAAGUCAAGUUUUUUGGGGGAUGUUUUUGCCUCUACCAAGGAAAUCUGAACCACAAGUGAAAUUAAAAGCCAUGUUUAAAGGAUCAGUUCACCCAAAUUAAAAAAACCAACGGACAUAUUAACCAGCCAUGCAGAGAGAUUUGGAGACAAGUACGGUUAAUAUGAGUUUGUUCUGCUUCAAACUCUACAACCAUGCUAGCUGCUCUGUGAGGCUAAACACUGAUGCCAUCACGCUAACAUGCUGAUGUUUUGCAGCUGUAUUAUAUACCAACUUCACCAUCUUAUACUUCUGUUUUGGUCUGCUAACAUUUGCUAAUUAGCACUGAACACCAAGUACAGCUGAUUUUGCAGUCGCUUGGUCACAACCAAAAAAUCUUUAUAAAAGAAGAAAGGAAGACGUCCUGCAUCAAAUUUCAUGGCAAUCCAUCCGAUAUUUGUCCUGAUUGUAAAAGGACUGUAGUUGGCUGGUGAUUGGAUGAACCGUCUGUGUAUCAGCGUCUUAUCACAGUCCAACUUCAGCCAAUCAGAUCAGUGGAGAGAAGAUUGAAAACAUCUUGUCAGUGUCGUUCUUUGCUCUUCUUUCAAGGAAAUAAACUGUCUGGUUCUAAUAUAACUACCUUAAUCAUGCAACUUCCAUACUUACAUCAAUUACGUAACUUCAGCUGCGUUAUGUACGUGACGUAGCUGAAGUAAGUUAAAAUAAGUAAGUUAAAAUAACUCCACACUGACUUCUGGUCUCACACUGGACAUGAACAGCGUCCUCCACAUGUGGGCUGUGUCACUUUUCAUGCUGCUUCACCUGACUUCCUCCUUUCCAGCUGUAAUAAUCACCACGGCCACUAGAGGUUGCUGCCAAACACAAACAUAGAUAUCUUUGUGGUAAGUUGCCAGCACGGUCAAACUGUGUGGCCGUUUUUCUGAUGAGAAAUCCAGAAGGCCAGAUGUCAGCAGAGAUCUCUAGACGGGGCAAAUAAACCAGAGUUAAAUAAGAAGAGUGUGUUUUCUGUCAUUUGGGUGAACUGACCCUGUAAAACCUCUAACGAACGAAACUCUUGCUGCUACAACGUCAGUGUUCUGAGGUCGAUCCGAUAACGAGUCAGAUAAAAAGGGCACAGACAUGUUCUCUUCCUGGUUUAGUCGUACUAAAAAAGAAAAGUAAAGUAACAGAAGUGCAGCUACAGACGAGUAUCAGAAACAACAUGAGAGGAGGACGUUUUGUUUUUAUUCAUGAUGCACUUUUAAAAAAAAAAAAAAAAAAGUUGAAAUGUGGACGAGCUGGUGACACUGAACUUCUGAAGGAGACUGGAGGCUCAUAUAGCUGUCAGUCGCUCCUCUAACUGGAGUCGACUUUAUUCUCCACAUUUGGACUUUUUUUUACUAGAAGUUCACAAUGAAAAGCAAGAAAAAGUCCUCUUCUCAUUCCCUUCUCACCCCCGGGGCCUGAUGCUCGUCUGUAUCCAGCUCUGCUUCAUUCUGUUAUCAGCUUUACGAUAUUUAAUGUCAAAAAUACAUAUUUCUUACUCUGGAAAGCAAAUUUUGUGGCGUACGCGACCUCCAACAUGCAGCCGUUUCCUUUAGCGAUCACACUCUUCUGGUCGAGGAUCUGAAUCUGCUCUCCUGAUGAGUGCUUGAUGCUUUUCUGUCCGUCCAGCUGCUCGUCCUCCACCUCCAUCGUCACCGUUUCCAAGAAGAAAGUCCUGCAUGUUUGUUACUGAAGUCCUUCUGUUGUGUGUGCGCGCUCUCUCUCCAUCUUGGUGUCUUCGCUGUUCCUCUUGCGGAGGGGGGGAACAGUCACGUGAUUCCCCGGAGGUCAAAGGUGAAUGUAUCAUUCUCGUGUGUCGUCGGAUUUGUUGUGGACAGUUGUGUUCGUUAUAAUGAGUUGAUUUCAUUGUGAAAGGGCAUGCCAGUGGUGAGAUGACUGUAUGUAACACAAGCUGUACCAGCAGGGGGCGUCAAAUCCGACUCACGGAAUCGUCGGUGUCGUGACGUUCAGAUUUGAAAUCCUCUGCUGUCAAACAAUUCGUGGAGGUGUGUGUAAAAAAACAAAACAAUUACCUGUCCUUGAUAUGAUUUAUUUUGAUAAGAAAAGGCUCAAGUGGAUGCAGUGUAGAGGUGUCGACAUGGAAUAAAGAGUUUCAUUUGAACAGCC